CAUCCAGUUACAAUUUGGCGGGUAAAUCUUUGUUUCACCUCAAUGCUCAAUCCCACCGCUUUUCUUUCUUUUCUAUCCAUUUGGGUGUUGUUUUUUGUGGGCUAAAAAGCAAAGGCCAUGGACGUUCUUGCACGACCUUUCUUCAAUUUAACCUCCAUAGUAACUGCUUCCAAAACUUCUCACACCCAUUUCAAUAAUAGAUCAAUUUUUCUCCUUCCUCAAUUCUCAGCUCUCCCCUCCUUCACUUUCUCCACUUCUUCUCGUUCCCUUUCUCCUGUUAGACAUGCAACGCCAGAGAGCCAAUUGAGUUCUGAUACAAGAGAAUGGGUAAUGCAAGAUUUUUAUAACUUAAGAAGGGAUGUAGAGGCUGUCUCAGCACGUGUUGAAGAGAUUAGAGCUUCUGCUGGUUUGCAGCAGUUAGAACGAGAACUUGCAGAUUUGGAGUUGAGGACAGCUGAUAGUUCAUUUUGGGAUGAUCGUGCUAAAGCUCAAGAAACCCUGCAGGCGUUGACUGAUGUCAAAGACAGGAUAAACUUGCUAACUGAGUUCAAAACCAAGGUUGAUGAUGCUGUAACUAUUGUUAAUCUAACAGAGGAGAUGGACUCAAUAGAUGCUGGACUUCUUGGAGAAGCAGCUGGUAUCAUUGAAGAAUUGAGCAAGGCUUUGGACCGAUUUGAGUUGACCCAACUUCUUUCCGGCCCCUAUGACAAAGAAGGUGCUGUUAUCUCUAUCACUGCUGGUGCUGGGGGAACUGAUGCACAGGAUUGGGCUGAUAUGCUUCUCAGGAUGUAUGUGAGGUGGGGUGAGAAGCAACGAUAUAAGACAAGGGUAGUUGAGAAAUCUCCUGGAGAAGAAGCUGGGAUUAAGUCAGCUACAGUUGAAGUGGAAGGCCGCUAUGCUUAUGGUUAUCUGUCUGGGGAGAAAGGAACGCAUCGGAUUGUCCGGCAGUCUCCUUUCAAUGCUAAAGGUCUUCGUCAGACAAGCUUCUCUGGCGUUGAAGUAAUGCCUCUUCUUCGUGAAGAGUCGCUUGAUGUUGAAAUUCCUGAGGAGGACCUAGAAAUUAGUUUUUCAAGGGCGGGUGGGAAGGGGGGUCAGAAUGUGAACAAGGUUGAAACUGCUGUUCGGAUUACACACAUUCCCACUGGCGUUAAUGUUCGCUGCACAGAGGAGAGAUCCCAGUUAGCAAACAAGAUAAAGGCUCUCAGUAGGUUGAAGGCGAAGCUGUUGGUCAUAGCCGAGGAGCAACGAGCAUCUGAAAUCAAGCAAAUAAGGGGAGACACAGUGAAGGCUGAAUGGGGGCAGCAAAUAAGGAACUAUGUGUUUCAUCCAUACAAACUUGUCAAAGAUGUACGGACCGGUUUUGAGACAUCGGAUAUAUCUUCUGUAAUGGAUGGUGAAUUGGAUUCCUUCAUCAAAGCAUACCUCAAACACAAAUACAGUAUGUCAGUUUCUCUCACCGCUAGUGAUGGACAAGUAAGCUGGAUCCCCAAGUGGCCUGCACAACAAAGGAAAACAUCUCAUUACAAUCAAUAGAUGCGGUCUUCUAGCAAGAAGAAAGUAGAAGGGGUGGAUUUGGUCCAAGUUGGCUUGACUUGAAUACGCAACUUAGUCUGAAAGAGUUGAUCUCGAGCUAGAAUGUCAAUUAGGCAGCUCGGAUCGAUAUCAUUUUUUGUCUAUUGAGUGAUACUAUUUCAUUUCGCAGAUGAUAUUAUUAACCCUUAUAACAAUAUUGUUAUUGACCCUA